AUGGACCAAAAUAUUAUCAUUCUUCCCGCGGACAAAGGAGGCUCCACUGCCAUUUUGAACAAGACGGACUACAAACAGAAAAUGCUGUCAUUAUUAGACGACAGAUCUACUUACCAACCACUCCCUACAGACCCCACCAAAGCGCAAGCUUCAUCCAUCGACAAAGUGUUGAAGCGUCUCACAGGGAAGAAACAACUGUCAGAAGACAUCGCUAAAUCGCUCAAACAAACUGAGCCGACCAUCGCGAAGAUCUAUGGAUUGCCUAAAGUCCACAAAACCGAAGUUCCACUUAGGCCGAUCGUAUCACUAAUCGGUGCACCUAACUACAAAAUUUCCAAGUGGUUGUUCCAGAAACUUCAUCCGCUCACGAAAAAUUGUGAAACCUCAAUAGAGAACUCGACAGAAUUCCUGAAGAAAUUGCAAGGGAUCACAGUUUCCGCUGAUGAGAUAAUGGUCUCUUUUGAUGUCGUUUCCCUGUUUACGUCAAUACCGUUGGAUGUCGCAAAACAGUGCACCGAGGACCUCCUUCUGUGCUACGACACAGAUGUGCCCGCCGCCGCUAUGCUCGAACUGAUUGGUUUAUGCUUGGAAACUAACUUUUCAUUCGACCAGCAAUGCUACAAGCAACUGAAAGGAGCCCCUAUGGGGUCACCCAUUUCUGGUUUUCUCGCUGAAAUGACAAUGCAGAAACUAGAGGCAACGGCGCUCCCGUUGUGUACUCCAAAAUUGUGGCUAAGAUAUGUGGAUGACACAUUUGUUAUCGUAAAAAAGAACCAACUAGAAGUGCUCCACAAUACUUUCAACUCAACAAUUGCUGGGAUUCAAUUCACACUUGAAAAGGAAGUGGACUGCAAACUCCCAUUUCUGGAUGUUCUCGUGCAGCGUAAGGUCGACGGAACGUUACGCACAUCCGUUUACCGGAAAGAAACUUACGCUGAGGUCAUUCUUUCCUAUAAGAGCAACCAGCCCAUUUCUCACAAACGGAGUGCCGUAACCAGUCUGCUUGGUCGAGCAAAAACACAUUGUUCGGAUGAAGAAGGCUAUCGAGCCGAAGUGAAUUACUUGUGCGAAUUAUUUUCGCAGAAUGGAUACCCUAAGGACUUUGUACGCAGAUGCAUGAGGCAACGAGAAUCAAGGGAGAAGGAGCCGGGUAGUUCCAAUCAGACGCCUGAAUUAAGCACUUGGCGAAACCUUCCUUACAUUAAGAAUGUGUCUGAACUCGUCGAAAGGCACUUAAGGAAGCACCAAAUUCGAGUGGCGCACAAACCUACGACUACUUUGCGCUCUCAGCUGGUACAUCCUAAGGAUAGGGUUAAUCAGCUGGACAAGAAAGAGGUCGUCAACAAGAUACCGUGUAAUGCAUGUACUGCCGUCUAUUGUGGCCGGACUGGAAAAUCCGCCUCAACACGCAUCCAUGAGCACCAGUUGGCAGUAAAGAGGCGAGACCAUCUGUCUCAGGUAGCCAUGCAUACGCUGGACACCGGGCACACUUUCGCUUGGGACAAAGCUCGCGUUGUCGCGGUCUGCCCUUUCAAGAAAGGCCGAGAAUUCCUCGAGGCGAUGCACUCUGAUGACUCAUGCAUCAACCGGCAUAUCGAGUUGGAUGCCGUGUACAGAAACCUGAAGGAGAAAUGGAAGAGAAGGGAACCAACCAGCUCAGACUGA